CGGCAUGAACAGCACACACAAUGGCAUCGAAGCAACGCAACAACAAAUUAAGUGAAGGAACUAAAACGCUGCAGUGAAGUGGCCCCUCUACGCCUCCACGGAAAACUCAGCUGGUGGUCGAAUCGAAACGAACCGUAAACUAACUAUACAUGAUAGGGGCAAAAAACUAAAAGCAAACAUAGUUACAAAAACAAAAUGAAACAAAUAUUAUUUUAUGGCGCAGCAAAUGCCGCUAUGGCUGUGGCAGCGCUAGCACACAGUGCCGUAGCGAGCCUUAGCUAUAAUUCAAGCGCAAUACAGAAUAAAGGCCUGCAACAUACAACAAUAGGGGAAACACCAAAGCUUUCGCUCUCCUCCAGCUCUACAAAUUACGCUUUGCCGCUAUGGGAGUUGGCAACGCUCACGACAGCAGCUGCCGUAGCCACGACAGUCACAAGCGCCAGCAAGGACAACACCUUAACUCGCAGUAAGUUAGAGGAUGAAGGCGAUGGCGGCAGUGGUGAAGUUGUGGGUUUUAUAGAUAAUUUGAUGCACACCAUGAGCACAACAGCGAACUUUGCCGACUACGACAACAGUACAGCGUUGGACGUGGAUUACGCGGCCACGGAAACACCAUUCGUACCCUACGUGCUGCGACCAGAAACUUACAUCGUACCGGUACUUUUCGCGCUAAUCUUCAUAGUGGGCGUACUGGGCAAUGGCACACUGAUUGUUGUCUUCUUAGGCGUGCGACAGAUGCGAAAUGUCCCGAAUACUUAUAUUCUCUCCCUGGCGAUUGCUGACAUUCUACUCAUUGUCACCACGGUGCCACUGACCUCUACAGUCUAUACGGUGGACUCAUGGCCUUGGGGCAGCUUCCUGUGUACGCUGUCUGAAUUUAUUAAAGACGUAUCGAUUGGCGUUUCUGUUUUCACACUUACUGCGCUGUCUGGCGAUCGGUACUUUGCUAUAGUGGACCCACUAAGGAAAUUUCAUGCACACGGUGGCGGCAAACGUGCCACACGUAUGACCAUCGCCAUUGCUGUGUUCAUUUGGUUCUUGGCCAUUAUCUGUGCUAUACCUGCGCUCUUAGGCACCAAUGUUAAGAAACUCGAAAUCAAUAGCAGCAAAUCGUUCUCGGUGUGCUACCCCUUCCCCGAGGAGUGGGGCGUGCAGUAUGCAAAAAUUAUGGUGAUGAUGCGCUUCUUGGUCUACUAUGCUAUCCCCUUAAGCAUAAUCGCUGCUUUUUAUGUGCUAAUCGCGCGGCAUUUGGUGUACGCAGCAAGUGUGCCCGGCGAGAUGCAGGGAGCGGUGCGACAGGUGCGCGCACGUCGAAAGGUGGCUGUGACGGUGCUUGCAUUCGUGCUUAUAUUCGGGAUUUGCUUUUUGCCCUACCACUUCUUCAUGAUUUGGUUCUACUAUUGGCCAACCGCCCAGGAUGACUACAACUCCUUUUGGCACGUCUUGCGCAUCGUCGGCUUUUGCUUAUCCUUUGCCAAUAGCUGCGCUAAUCCGGUGGCUUUGUAUUUUGUGAGUGGCGCCUUCCGCAAGCAUUUCAAUAGAUACUUGUUUUGUCAAGGGUCCGGCGUACGGCACAAAAAACGACACCCACACAACGAUACCCUCUGCAUGCAUCGUGAUGCAUCGCUCACUAGUACCGCAUCAAAGCGCUAUUAUUCUUCAACUCGACGUUCAACGUGCCACCAUCAUAGUACCACACGAAGCCGUUUACAAGAGACCACCAUUACCAUGAUGGCGAAUGGCAGUCACAAUGGCGGCCCGCCCACCGACAUCUCGGACGUCGCAUUAGCCAGUGAGUUCUGCGAGCAUUCGCAUCACUACCAACAACAUCCGGUGCAGCCUACACAUCAACAACAAUAUCGCCAAAUCUCACUUAUGUGAGAAAGCCAAACAAGGGGGCGCAGCCACCAAUCUGAGGCAGAUACAGUUGUAGCAACAUCGAAAGCAAAAACAACAGCCACUUGUCCAAAUAUAAAUGAUGGGCUUGCAACAACUACAACUGAUGCAGUGCUGACAAGGUCAGAGAUGCCUGCAAGUUGUAUCGAGAUGAGCGAUUUAACUGUAUUGAAAGAAGAGUUGCCCGAAAGGGCGAACAAUUUGAAAGCACUACACGAGCAGGAGCAACAACAAAAGUUGCAGCAAAAAAAUAAGAAUAAACAACGUGGCAUACAUUUUCAUCUGUCGGUUUCACGCAAAUUUAAAAGUUCUGCCGCAACUUGAAUGCAACGAAUUAAGCCAAAAGAAAAAUUUUAAUGUGGAAAAUA